AUCCCACCACCGCUUGCGCACAGCAGAAAAUCCUUCCACCUCCCAGGAGCUGUCAUUAGACAAGGAGACACUGGAUUUUUUUGACCUGAAAAUGAACUUUAAGAGGAUUUUCCUAGUCAAGUGCUUGCUGCUUUUGUUUCCCAGUGUAAAAUGCUCCGGCACCAACAGGAUUUACAUGGCUGCGAAUGAGACGGCUCUUCUCAGCGUCACUGCUACUGGGAGCAUACAUGAGGCAACGUGGGUGAGAAACGGUAUAAGGUUGCUUCAGAUUAAAGAUAAGCAUGUUAAGUACUAUGAGAACAAGGUGCGGUGCAGGUGUAAGAUAUUCCCAAACGGGACUCUGCAAAUAGAGCAGGUGGUGAAAGAGGACAGUGGAAAGUACACGGUGACUGUUUAUGAGCCGGAUGGAAAAUUGAAGGCAGAAGAACAUACAGCGUUCAUCGUUCAGGAGCGUGUCCCUCAGCCGAUCCUCACUGCUGAAUGCAGGAAUAAAACUGUAUUUGUCAAGUGUGAAGUGAAGCAGAAGACUAAAGACGAAAUAUUUACAAUAGAACUGACACAAGAUAAAACUAACAAAAUCCAGAAGAAUGCAACGAAGUUGGAAAUGCACGCGCGGAAUUCUGGGACGUUCAGAUGUGUUGUUAAGAACCAAGUCAGUGAAAAAAUGGCUGAAGAAGUAAUUAAGUGCUCAGGCCAGCUGGACCUUUAUCUCAUCUUAAGCAUAGCAGGAGGUGCAAUCUUCUUUGUCAUCUUUGUGAUUUUGCUUAUUUAUUGUAUCAGGAAGAAGAAAGCAGAAAGGCUUGAAGAUGAAGACGAGGAGGGAAUGAUGCGGGGUCGCCAGGUGGACUGUGAAAUGGUGGUGCGGGAGCUCCCUCAGACGCCGUGCAAUCCCACCCCAAAGCAGCUGCGAGUGCAGCAGCGGCCACUGCCGCAGCCCCAGGUCCAUCAGCAAGCCCUGCCCCCGCGACCCAGGCCCCGCACUCAGCAGCGGACUCCAAACCACCCGAGAGAAAGACCUUGAACAUCUGCCCUGGGAGGGACGGUGGCCUCUCUGCUCCAUCGUUCACUGGGAAAAGAAAGUUUCCGAUAGUCAGGAACUCCUCCCACCCAGCCUCGUGUAACGCUCAGCUAGGAAACGUCAGCUUUCGUUGCAGGAAAUUAGAGCAUCAAAUGGAGAUGAAGAGAGCCAGUGGAGGAGAUUCAAGGUGAUGGGCAUUCAUCCCUGCGGCCAUUUUUCUUCAAGUGUCUCCGUGUUUGGGUAUGGAGCAUUGAGCCUUGAAACCUGUGUCUUUCUGCGGUUCACUUGUUUUUACCACACCUUGUCUUUGUGCUUUUCGGAUGGAUCAUAUCAAGAAGGAGCUAACGCUCUAGUGAGACAACAUGGGCCUAGGGAUCUUAGAGGGUUUUGUCAAGUAUCUUUCCUUUCUCCUGCCACACAUUAGGACAGCCCUCUGGCUUCAGCAUCAAAUGCAUGACCUCCUGGAUCAAAAAAAUCACUGUAUGUAAUUAAAUGCUUGUCUGAAUUUGAAAGAAUUGAUGUCAUCUAAUGGAGAGAAGAAAAUACUGAAAGGAGAUGUGAGACCCUUGAAGCAUCUGUGUGGGAAAGGAGUCAACUUUUCACUUUCUCUAACAUGUUUAGAGCAAGACUCACAGGCUUAAAUUGUAGCAAUGAGAGUUAGGCCAGGAUUUAUUUUUAUUGCAAACGAAGCACUGAAGUAGAUUUCUGGGAGAGGAUCUCCAGCACUUGGGGUUUCCAAGGGCAGAGGAGGCAGCCAUCUGUGAGGCAUCCUCGUCCUGCUGAGAGCCAGGGGAACGUCCUACAUGGCCUCUCCAGGGACUGUUUCAGCUCAGUUUUCCACAACUCCUUGCUGGCAAAUACAAUGAAAGUUUAUUCUCAGCAUAGGUCUGUAUGGCUAUCCAGACAAUUUUUUUUUUUUCAUAGAAGAGGUCUGGUAUCCAUUGGCUCAUGCCAGGCAGUCUGAUUACUAGUGGCAUUGUCUGAGUUGUCGUGACUUUCCACUGUAGGACCUCCUGCUGAUGGUGAGGCAUCGUGUCCCUUGAUUUUGAUGGUAAGCACCUCAUAUAUAACCAGGUGGUGACAGAGAACUGCUGGGGGAUCUCCCUCCCAAAGGGAGAGAUUGGACUACAAUAACUGCCUGCAUCACCCUGCAUGUCCUGGACAAACUCUGCUCGCUCCUCUGGUCCUUGGAGAUGUUCAUAACUGCCUCUACAGGACAGCUGAGGCGCCAAGAGAGAACAGGCCUUUUUAGAGCAAUGCCAAAAUGGGUAUACUGGCCUGUCUGGUGUAAGAGGAAGCGCAGGUGGAGGAGGAGAGAGCUGUGAGAGCCAGAGAGCACGAGACAUCCAGAUACCAUGUUGUUGUGUUAGGCAGAAGAACGUGCAGUACCUCUUUCAGGCUUGACUAUCCUGCACGUGCCAGUGCAGAUAAAACAGCCAUCCUUUGUUUCUCCUCAGAAAUGUGACUAUUUUUAUCCUCUGGUACAAGGGCAGGGAAGUAACUUGUCAGGAAGAAGGUCUCUGCCUCCUCCAGAGCUCAGUCACUUUGCUUGAACUCUGAUGGUGGACACAGCCCUGGGAGUGUUACUUGCUCUCUCCUUCGCUUUUUGCAGCUUGUUUUAGGGCUUUUGCUGUUUAAAGUUGCAUUUAGUAAACGUUUCAUGGUUUAUUUUGUAAUACAUGCUAUAUCCCUGUAGUGAAUGAAUAAAUGUAAG